AUGCUCGAACCUGCUACAAGUGCUAAAUGUAUUGUGUAUACCACGAAAGGUAGACUGGAUAUCGAACUGUGGGCGAAGGAAUGUCCCCGUUUGGCGAGGAUGUUCAUCGAGGACUGUAACGGCAACAAAUACAAUGGUUGCCACUUGAACAAUUAUCAGAAAGAUCGUUAUGUCGAGGUAUGCGGGUAUUUUACGGAUAAAAAACGCUCCAGGGAAUAUAACCCAAGGUUAAGUUUCUCAAAAGAUGGUAUAGUAGCGUGGAAUUUCAAAAGUAAUACUUGGUUCAUAACCACAAAUGAAUGGGUGGCUGUCUCUGAUUUGGAACACGUUAGUAUCUUUGGAAAAAUUGUUGGUGACUCUAUCUACACUUUCAGAGACAUUCUGAAGGGGGAAUUAGAUGAAGAUGAGCAGUCGAAAUUCUUGUACCCUGCAGUGAUAGAGUCUACAGAGGUGACAAUUCCAUAUUUUGAUGAUAUAUCGACGAGUAAACGUACAAAUGAUAAAGUAGGAUCUCUCCAGGAACCUGCUAAGAAGAAAGGGAAAAGAGUACGGUUGUCCUACGACGAUGAUGACGAUGACGACAUUGUGGAAGACAUUGUCGCAAUGAAAGUGUCUCCUUUGAUAAAAUUCAAAGACGAUAACGCUCACAUAGAAGCAGUGGAAGAAGAAGAAGAAGAAGAAGAAGAAGAAGAAGAAGAAGAAAGUGAUGUUUCUAAUAAAAAGUAUCCUAGCGAAGAGAAAUCUACUGGUGAAGAAGGCAUAGUAGAAAAGCGAAAGACAGAUAGAGAGAAGGAAACUUUAAAGAUGCUAGAAGCAUUUAAGGCCAAAAUAAAAGGGAAAGACUUUUUAUCCAAGUAG